AUGGAAAUGAAAUUAAUAUCUAGAGAAACCAUCAAACCCUCUGUACCCACUCCACCUCACCUCAGAAUUUAUCCACUCUCAUUCAUAGAUCACAUCGUUUUUCGUAAUUAUGUGCCAACAGUUUUCUUUUACUCCCCAAACGAGUGCCAUGAAUGUGAUGAUGAUCCUCAACUUUGUGACCAAACAUCCAAAAUAUCAUCUCUCAAAAAAUCCUUAUCUGAAGUUCUAUCUAGAUACUACCCUUUUGCAGGAAGGUUCAGAGAUCAACUUUCCAUUGAUUGCAACGACGAAGGGGUGUCAUUGCUGGUCACAAGGAUCAGAAUAAAGCUAUCAGAGAUCCUUCAGAACCCCAAAGAAGCAUUUCUGAACCCUUUAUUCCCUGAUGAAUUGCAAUGGAAGGAUAUGAGUUCAAGUGCAAGUUUAGUAGCCGUUCAAAUCAACUCUUUUGCAUGUGGUGGCAUGGCAAUCAGUGUGUGUAUGUGUCACAAAGUUGGUGAUGCUUCCACACUCUUCAACUUCGUCAAUGACUGGGCCACCAUGAAUCGAGAUAACUCUCAUGAAGCAGAGUUAUUAUUACCUUACCCUGCACUUGAUGCAGGAGUUUCAAUAUUCCCACAAGGUGACUUACCUGUUUUCCCAGAAGUUUUGUUUGUGAAAGACAACACUGUAUGCAGAAGGUUUGUGUUCAAAGCUUCGAAGAUUGAGUCCCUCAAAGCCAUGGUAUCAUCACACAAGGUGAAAAAUCCAACGCGUGUUGAUGUUGUCACUGCACUGGUUUACAAGUGUGCAGUUUCUGCUUUGGGGUUAACUUUCAAGACAACAUCGUUCCGCAUUGCUGUUAACCUUCGCAAGAGAAUGGUUCCUCCACCGCAUGAGAAGUGCGUUGGGAACAUGGUUUGGUUCGUGUUUGUGUUUAACCCUUUCAUUGGAAAGAGGGAAACAGAACUACAUGACUUGGUGAGCAAAGUGAAACAAGGGUUAUCUGAGUUUUGUGAAAUAUGUGCUAAAAAGUUUGGAGGGAAGGACUUGUCGUUUAUCUCUGAGUGUCUAAAACAAGCUACCUCAGGUCCUUCAGAGCCUUGUGAUUCUGAUGAGGAGACUCAAACUUUGUUUUGUUAUGCAAGCUGGUGCAGAUUCCCAAUGUACGUGGCAGAUUUUGGGUGGGGGAAACCAAUAUGGGUGACAACUAGUGGUUGCCCUGUGAGGAAUAGCAUAGUUUUGAUGGAUACAAGAGAUGGGGAUGGGAUUGAAGCGCUUGUGAACAUGGAAGAGCAUGACAUGGUCAUGUUUGAGCGUGAUGUGGAGCUUCUUCAAUAUGCCUCUCUUAAAGAAGAAAUAUCGAGUCUGCUAAGUUAG